AUGAUAUCACAUCAACACACUUCAUCAAGAAACAAAGAAAGAGAAAAAAUGGCAGAAGUAGCUGAUAUGUGCAUGUUAGAGAUAACCAAGUUGAGAGCAAAGAUCAAAUCCAGAUAUCCAUUCACGUUGGUAUGCAGCAAAAAUAAAGGUGAUCCUAACGAAGCACAAGAAGUCAACAGCCAAACAUCUUCUUGUUCAUCAUCUUCUUCAUCCCCAUCAACUAUCCACUCACCUGCAAAGGCCCGAAGCCCGGAUACCAUGUCCGAGAUGACCGUUUUCCUGCUCAUGGACCGUUUUGCCCCGAGCUGA